AUGUCACGUGAGGUAUGUGCUGUCAUUGAGGUCGUUGCAGUAGCGAAAACACCGGUCUCCUCGGUCAUGAAAGUUCAGUCAGUACCCGAAACCCGGCCGUGGUCACCGAUGAGAAGAGCUCCGAGGAAGAAUCGUUCGCGAAGCUCACAACCGCAUGCCGACAUGGUCACCAGUGCUAUUUCGAAUUCGACCAGUCAACCCAUGUUGAACAAUGGAGUGUUCUAUUCGCUUCCACGACGUACUGGUAUGCUUGCCGCCUCACCGUUGAUGGCGUCGUCGACGAAACGGCGAGAUCUGGAGCUGAAUACGCGCAAAAGCGAUAAAUUUGAUCAAAAUGAUAUUGUUUUGGAUGCAAUGGGGAACGUGCUUAGCGGUUCAUCAGAAGCUCUUAUCGCUCGUCUUCUACCGACAAGAGAUGGUGUUCCUGACGCGAAUUACAUGUUCACUUUACUGCUGAACCUACGUACCGUAAUGUCCCCAGAAGAAUUGAUGCAAAAAAUUGUACAGCAGUGCAUGUUCACCCAAAACGCUGAUGCAGUGAAUUUUUGUCGUGAAGGUCGCGACCGCAUGUUCUCACACUUGUUGCGGUUGUGUCGCGAAUGGGUCACCAGCAUUCCACAUGAUUUCAGGAGUGAACAUAUGAGAACUAGACUCAAUGAGCUGCUAGGAUUAUGUUCUGUAGAUAGGAAUUUUAAGCAAAAAGCCGCUGAUCUUCAAUCUACACUCAAAUCAACGAUAAACAGAUUGGAGCGAUAUGACAAAGCUGUGAAAAAUCUCCAGAAAACUCUGUCGGAAAACACCCAGCGACCAAUGCAGUCGGAUAUUUUGGUUGGCCUAAUCACAGUUUGCCCUGAUCCGAAAAUUGUCGCUCAACAACUGACACACAUCGAAAUGGAGAGGUUCAGCAUGGUCGGGGUUGAUGAGAUUCUUGUUGCUCUGGCCAGUAAUGAUUUAGCAGAUCUUGGUCGGAAUAGGAAUGGUCCCGGUGGUUCGAUAUCGUUUUAUGUGGAAUGGUUCAAUCGUCUUUCCUCAUUUGCUGCCACCGAAGUGUUGAGGCAGUUGAAGAAAAAGCAUCGAGUUGAAGUCAUUGAAUAUCUUAUCGAUGUGGCGAAAGAAUGCUGUGAAAUAGGCAAUUUCAAUAGUUUAAUGGCUAUUGUUGCUGGACUUUCUCUGCCAGCCGUCUCCAGAAUGAAACGAACCUGGUCACGAGUGGAAAAGUCGAAAUUAGAAAUCCUGCAACAUCAACUAGAUCCAAGCGGUAACUUUUUAUCGUAUCGAGCUACAAUGAAAGCCGCACAAUGGAGAGCGGAAACAGCUGGCAGCAAUCAAAGAAUUGUGAUUCCUUUCUUCGUUCUACUCCUGAAAGACUUGUUCCUCAUAUAUCAUGGAAGCGUCCGAACUUUACCCAAUGGACACUUAAAUUUUGUGGCCUACUCUCAAAUCGCUGACCAACUACGAUCGGUAGUGCGAUGGAAAGGUGUUUUGUGCUCAUUCCCAAAGAAUGCCGCUGUCCUACAGUACACAUUAGUUUGCGCUUUGUAUGGAGAGCGAGAAUCGAUGCUUGCCUCCUUCGAAUGUGAACCUGCAGAAAGUGCCGCCGAAAGGGAGCAACUGAAGAAGUUGAAAGUACGGCAGUGA